CCCCGCGCUUGGGAUCCGUGUGCGUGUCCGGGUGCCAAAGGCUGGAGCCCGGUGGGGCUGUGCCCUCGGGGCUGGGAGCGGCGUCGGCGCUCCCGGCAUGAGGCAGGGUCCUGCUCCGCGGGAUCCCGAGCCCGGCACCAGCUCCGGGAGCCGCGGGCACGUUCAGCCCCCGCUGCCCGCUCCCGGCCCGGGGCGGCGGCCGCUCCCGGGAGCACACAUGGUUAAGGCAGCUGCGGGCGCACAUCUGGCGGGGGAGGGCUACGAGCCUCGUCCCGCUGCCUCCCGCGCUUCCAAAAAGUGCAUUUCCGCUGGGGCCGAGCGAGGAGAGGCAGCGGCGGCCGCGGGCAGGGACAAGGCCGGCCCCACAGGGCACUGCCAAGGCAUGGAGGGGCUGUGGGUGCAUGUUGUCCUGUUGAUCUUCCUGCUGCCCUGCCCCGUGGGGAGCCAGACCAGCUCCAUCCCUGACCAGCGAUGGUGGACAGACCCCAAGGAGGCUGCAGCCCAGUACCAAGCUCCCAGGGCCUCGCAGGAGCAGAAGGCUGACGGUGCCCAGGAGGUGCUGACCCCACAGCCCCGCUGUGUCCGCUGCUGCCCCUCACCCGAAAAGCGCUUCUACCCCCAAUUCCAGCCCAUGCCUCAGAUCAACAUGACCAUCCUGAAAGGAGAGAAGGGGGACCGUGGUGAGCGUGGCAUGCAGGGCAAGUUCGGCAAGACAGGGCUGGCUGGCAGCAGGGGCCACGCGGGGCCCAAGGGACAGAAGGGCAGCAUGGGUGCCCCCGGGGAGCGCUGCAAGAGCCACUACGCCGCCUUCUCUGUGGGCCGCAAGAAACCCCUGCACAGCAACGACUACUACCAGACCCUCAUCUUCGACACGGAGUUUGUCAACCUCUACGACCACUUCAACAUGUUCACGGGCAAGUUUUACUGCUACGUCCCUGGGAUCUACUACUUCAGCCUCAAUGUGCACACCUGGAACCAGAAGGAGACGUACCUGCACAUCAUGCACAAUGAGGCAGAGGUGGUGAUCCUCUACGCCCAGGUGAGCGAUCGCAGCAUCAUGCAGAGCCAGAGUGUCAUGCUGGAGCUGAAGGAGCAGGAUGAGGUCUGGGUGCGGCUCUACAAGGGCGAGCGCGAGAAUGCCGUCUUCAGCGAUGAGUACGACACUUACAUCACCUUCAGUGGCCACCUCAUCAAGUACAGCGGGGACCCCUGAGCGCCAGGCCCGUCCCACUCCUCCUGUGCCAGGCCAGGGGGCCGAGGAGCCUCGGUGCCUCUCAUCCCAGGAGUGCCACCCCCAUCAUGCUGUUAGUCACCCUAGUGCCACUAUCCCCMGCAGCUGCACUGUGUGAAUUCCCUCACUCCAGCACCUCGAGGCCACCCAGACACCCCUGGAAGAGCUGGAGCAGUUUUGAGCCCCUGCCACAUUUGUGAUCGGGAAACAGCUGCAUACACGGGGUGGGCAGAGCUUACCCCCUCUCCCCACUCCAGAGCUGUCGUGACACUGGCUGAGCUGGCACCGGUACAGUGUGACUGCUGGUGCCCUGGUGCGAGGCAGCACCAACACGUGCACUGUGUUCCUCCUCUCAGCAGCAGUGCUCCCUGGCUGGAACGGGCAGAAGGUGCUCAGCACCAUCAGGAAAGGCCAAACCACUAAGGGCCCCUUUCCUUCCGCAGUGCGGGUGUUGCAGUGCGGGGCUGGGUACCCUGYAGGGAGUGAAUUGCAUCAGUUCCUCUGCAGAUCCUGUUAUUGCUCCCYGUAGCCUCUGCUCAGGAGGGGCUCCUUCCCCACCGCAGCCCUGGGCGCGGARCCUUCAGCUCAGCCACUUCCUCUUCCGUUACAUUAUCUGCUGGCCAGGCUUCAUGUUUGUGUAGAUGCAGCAGCGGUGUGGGCCAGCGUGCUGACCUCCCGUUCAGCUCGUGCCACAUUAAACACUCCACAUUUCCAGCCUUGCUCACACCCUCAGUGUCCUGUGUGUGUGGGGGCUCC